UGACAUGCGAGACACUAUCGAAGAGCGCAGGCAGCAAAACAUACAGCGCUGAGCGCUGAGACUCGAACUCCAUCCCCCUCUCACUAUCCAUAAGCGAGUACUAGUAGCGCGCGAUGUCAACUGCCGGUCCAUCGAGCACGACCAACGGAUCCAGAAAUCCAAGUGCAAAUCUUGAGCGCUUGAAUGCAGCAGUGUCGGCAAUCGAGGAGUUGCAAGUGCAGGUACAAGAUAUCAAGGAAAAAGCUGACAAAAAGAUGGCUGUGUUGCGUACGGAGAAUGAGAUAUUGAAGAGUAAUGUGGAAGAGUUGAGUGAACGUGUCUCGUUCCUUGCGACUAUGCUUGGUGUGCGGAACGAAGAGGAUGAGCUAGAUGGGGAGAAUGGAGGAUCGUUAUCCGAAAUCGACCCAACUCUUCGUGGAACAAGCGAACCAGUUUCUGAGGCAUCUAGUUCUGCAAACAAACUGUCUGUGAUGGAAUUGAGCUUCGCUGCAUCAAAAUCCAAGGCAAUACGAGAUGUUAUCAUCGAUACUCUAAAAAUCCACCUUGGCACCGACUCACUUGCGGGUGCGAGUUUGCCUUCAUUCCCAUUCGGUAUUGGUGAAGAGAGGUGGCCGAAGAACCCUGUAGAUCAAAAGCCGUAUAUGCGCUUCAACUGGGAUGCAGCUUACAACAAAUCACCCAAUGCAGAAGCCCUUGAGAAAAUUUUCGACUCUUUGCGUGCAACCGGUGCAAAACGCUGCCCUGCUGCCGACGAAGACCUGGAGAACAUCUGCGACAAUGAUCUGAAAGAACGCAUCAAGGACAAGUUUGUCAGCAUGGCUCGGGAAUUCAAAAGCAAACGCAAGGAACAGGCCAACUUACAGGCAAGAAUCCAAGAACUCGAGGACAGGCGUGCAGCAGCUGAAGAGAAUCUUGAUGAAGAACUUGCUGACGAGCCUGCUAUAGUUAUUACUACAGCAUCACGAGAUCGUGCUUCCAAGAACUCCCGUGUGAGCCAGCAUCAUCAGUGUAGUAGAACUGUAGGUCAGAUUCCGCAAAAUCGAGAUUGAAAUCCUCUGGCUCAGGCUGUUCAAGAGACAGAGUAGAUGCCCCCAUAGAGUCGGUGAUAGCAGCCAAAGACUCAGCAGCCGUGGGAUGCACAGACUUCAUAUUCGACAGUGCAUCAAGUGCAGUACGCUCUUUGUCUCUGCGCGUAUGCCAACCAAUCGUCUGUCGAGACUGAGUUUUGAAGCCUCGGGGGUCCUUGGAGCACUCCAAGCAGCAGCAUUUUGCAGUGUCCUUCCAUGCAGGGGUUUUCGGCUUUGACCCUGGUGCCAUCGAGAACGGAGGGAGUGUAUUCAAAAGGACAUGAAGUCUUGCAGUGGAGAAGUCGAAGCUGAGGGUAUGUAAGUACUUGAGCUCAGUGUCGCGUUCACGCGAU